AUGGCGCUGCUCCAAGCCCGACCUGAGCGGGUAGUCUUUGCUCCCACAAGUCACACUGCAGAGAAAGGGACAGACCGAGCCUCUUCUCCUGCUCCUGUCCUCACCAAGCGUGUCCUCCUUCGCUCCCUCGAGCGUACUGCUGCUCUCCGCGUCGAGCUCGCUCGUCCCGCACAUCCCGCCUAUGCUCUGCGAGGGCCGACAUCCGUCCUCAUUCCGCCCAAGGGCACCCUUCCCCUCACCAUUGAGCUGUCGGUCGAUGCUCUGCGAGGUCAUGCCAUCUCAGAUGUCGUCUUUGUCCGCGCCACCCGCGUCAAAGAUCUCGCUCUUGGCCGGGGCGAGGCCUCGGACGACGACGACGAUGAUCCGUAUACUGUCGCUGCCGGCAUGCCGCCGGACUCGCCCGGCGCCGUCCAAGAGAUUGCUCUGGUGCUGGAGAUGUCAGAGGCUGCCGAAAAGCUGGCCUCGGCGCUCUCGCCGCCGCGCCGCUCGGUCAAGUCGGCCAUGAUGCCGCGUGACGUCGCCCGCGCCAUGGCCCGCUCCUCCCGGAGAGUCGCCGAGGCCCGUGAGCGCAAGCGCGCUGAGCUGCUUGCCUCCAAGUCAACGGGUGUGCUCGGCGGGAACGCCGGCUCGGCAAAGUCAAAGGCCAAGGCCGCCCGCGCCCGCUCCACAAAACGCUCGGCCUCGCUGCGUUACGGCCACAGCCGGCCCGGCGGCCCGCUCGACGACAUCGACGGCGUCGUGGCCAACGCGCUCAAGGCCGUUGGCCUCGAUGAGACUGCACUAGCCUCCUCGUCGCGGAGACGAGGCUCAGACUCGGGCUCGGGCUCGGGCUCCGCCCGCCGGCACGGCCGCCGGUCUGCUCCCGCCGGUCGCCUCGCUGUCGCGGACAUGCCGUCGUUUGCCGCCAACCCGUACAACCCGGACCUCUUCUCGCACAUCGACAUGGACGAGUACCGCGCAAGCAAGGCCGCCGCCAAGGCCGAGGCGGCCACCCCGCUCAAGGAGCGCGAGCGCGGGUGGAACACCUCGGUCGUCCACCCCGAGUCGCGCUCCAAGACCGGCCUCGCCCCGGCGCUCCGACACAAGAACAAGCUCGACAUGUCAAUUUUGCAAAAGCGCAAGCUCUUCCGCAAGCAGCUCUUCGAGUCGUCGAUGCGCCAGGCUGGCGUCCCCGACAGCGACUCGUCCGACAGCGCCGGUGCCGCAGGCUCGUCCGAGGCCUCACCCAGCGGCCCGCCCUCGGUCCGCUUCAGCAACACCACCAAGACGCCGCCCGCCGCCCGCUCGCCUGCUCGAUACUCCUCGCGCUCACCGUCGCCGGCCCGCCGCGGCGGCAACAUCCUUCCGCCGCUCCAUGCCCGCCGCAUGUCGGCCCCGCCAUCGCCCAUGCGCUCGCCAGAGGUCUCUCCCAUCAAGCGCACCGGUGGCCGCUCCUCGCCCUCGCCGUUCCCGUCACACGCCCGCCGCUCCGCCCGCCGCUCCGCCCGCCGCAAGAGCCCCAUCGAGUCCGAAUGGCAGCGUACAGUCACCACCGAGCACCGGAACCACCUCGAGGAAUCCGGCUACUUUGCCAAGCCCGUAGCCGCCCGCCCGCACCCGGCAUCCAUCCCGCAGCUCCUCCAUCCCGACUCGCGUGGCCACCGUCACCGCUCCUCCAUCAUCGUCGGCGGCGACCGGCCGCUCGCCUCGCCGGCCUUCUUUGUUGACGGCUGCUACUACAACGCUCGCGGCGAGGACGUCUCCGCCAUGGUCAUGAAGCUGUUCCGCACCCCCGAGCUGUCGCCGUGAGCCGUCGCCAG